AAUGUGGACAACCCCUGCCUUCUCCAAUUGGGUCGAAUGAGCUGUCCAUCUAAAGGUUAGAGUGCACCCUCCAUUUUGAAAUCCAGAGAGCCGCUGUGUUUACUUUCUAACAGAAGUUACGACGGAAAAAAAGUCAAAGUUGGCACUUAGCUGCUGGCUACUCUGAGAUUACGCAUCAGCUGGCUGUGGCUAUUCUUUGAUGAAAUAGUGUGCUAUGGAGUGAUUAUGUUACUGGAUUCGAUCGUCUGGACCUUUAUCAAUGUACCAACACCGUUUUUGUUGGAAUGUUAUCGAUCUGUGGAUUAAUAUCAUGCUUCUUAGAUCAACCACGAUGUCAUUGUACUCAUGGAUGAUGCAGAACAAUAGAUCCCUUCAAUUUCCUUUUCACAACAAUGCCUGCAGUGUCUGAUUUGGAGGACCUAAUCAAAUUGUACUUCAGACUUUCUUUCAGUAACAAGGAAAUACUUAGCACAUUACAACCAGACAGUGAUAAGUGUCAGAACUUUAAAGAGAGUUUGUAGAAGACUUGGUCUGUUCAGGAGGAAGAACCAGUCUGACAUGGAAGAAGUGCUGGCUUUUGUCCAACAUGAGGUUAUGACCAAUGGACAGAUGCAAGGUUAUCGCUGGCUACAUCUUCGAGCAGUUCAGCGAGGAUUUGUUGUGUCACAAGACACAAUAAGACGAAUCAUCAAACUGGUUGAUCCACAAGGUGUAGAAUUGAGAAGAGCACGGCCCUUGAGAAGACGUCUGUACAGCUGCAGAGGCCCAAAUGCACUUUGGCACAUGGACGGCUAUGACAAGCUAAAACCCUAUGGCAUUGCCAUCAAUGGCUGCAUAGAUGGUUUCAGCCGCUAUGUUUUAUGGAUGGAGGCCUUUACCACAAACAGUGAUCCCAAAGUAGUUGCAAGUUACUUUACCAGAAUGGUGUCAAGCAUAGGUGGAUGUCCAGAGAGGAUUCGUGCAGACAGGGGAACAGAAAAUGUUUGUGUUGAAGAAAUGCAAAUGUUUUUGCGGAGAAACCAUCCAGACAGUUUUGCAGGAGAGAAGAGUUUCCUUUAUGGAAGAAGCACAGCAAACCAGCGCAUUGAAGGAUGGUGGAGUACCCUUCGCAAACAGAGUGCGCAUUUCUGGAUGAACUUAUUUCAAACUUUCCAGGAUGAUGGUCAUUUCACAGGAGACUUUUUGGACAAAAGUCUAAUCCAGUUCUGUUUCAUGAAUCUUGUUCAGGAUGAACUUGACGAAGUUGUCAGCACCUGGAAUUCACACAAAAUCAGACCAAGAUCAAGUGGUGACAUGGCAUCGGGUUGGCCAGUUGUGAUGUAUUCAUUCCCAGAGCUGCACAGUGCUGAGGAUAGACUCAAACCUGUUUCCAUGGAGGAGGUCACUGUGUGUAUGGAAGAGUGCACUCCCAAGGGCGAGUUUCCUUGUGAUGAAACCGUUUUUGAACUGUGUUGUCUCCUGAUGGAGGAGAAUGGGAGGAUCGGUGUCACGGCUGCCACACUCCGAUGCCUUGCUGAAACCGGUGCCGUCCCCCACCACCUCCAGGAAGCUCCCCACUGCGUAAAAACGCAGCGCGGCCAGGAGCUGCACCUCCGGGCUGAGGGCAAAAUUGCAGCGGGUUUCCCUCUGGAUGUGUGGUGA